GGUUUUCCUCAAGGCUCUCACUCUGGAUCCUGCAACUGGCUUUUCACCAUCUGAUCUCUGGUUCCCGGGAUGUGAGCUAACAGCUUACCUACCAAUCUUGAGAUUCAUCAGCCUCAGUAACCUGUGAGCCUGCAACCUGCCAUCUGACCUGCUGAUCUUGAGUUUGUCAGCCCCCACAACUAUGUGAGUCAGGAGAAGCUUCCAGCCUGAUGCCUGACCCACGACUUGGGAAUUACCAGCCUUUACAACCACAUCCGGUACAGAACAUGUUCCUUCUCCUGCUAUUGUUGAGUCUGGGAAUGCAGCUUUGGCAGACAGCAGCUUUUUUCACAGUGACUGUCCCCAAGGAACUGUACGUGGUAGAUCAUGGCAGCAACGUGACCCUGGAGUGUGAUUUUGACACUGGAGAUCCUGUUGAACUUGGAGCAAUAACAGCUCAUUUGCAAAAAAUGGAAAAUGACACAUCCUCGCACAAUGAAAGAGCCAUUUUGCUGGAGGAGCAGCUGCCCCUGCAUAAGGCCUUAUUCUACAUCCCCCAAGUCCGCAUGAGCGAUGCGGGGCAGUACCGCUGCUUGAUCGUCUACAGGAACGCCUGGGACUACAAGUACCUGACUCUGAAAGUCAAAGCUUCCUACAAUAAAAUAAACACUCAGGUCCUUAAGGUCCCAGGAACAGGUGAGGUGGAGCUCACAUGCCAGGCCGAAGGGUAUCCCCUAGCAGAAGUUUCCUGGCCAAACGUCAGCGUUCCUGCCAACACCAGCCACAUGAAGACCCCUGAGAACCUCUACCGGGUCACCAGUGUUCUGCGCUUAAAGCCACAACUUGGCCAAAACUUCAGCUGUGUGUUCUGGAAUGAGAACAUGAAGGAACGUACGUCGGCUAUCAUUGAUCCUCAAGGUCACAUGAAACCUGAGAGCCCAACAACUCCGCUGUUUCCCAUAUUCAUCCCUACCUGCAUCGUUGCCUUAAUUUUCGUGGCCGCGACACUAGUCCUAAGGAAAAGGCUCCACCGAAAGCUGUCUUCUGGAAAAGGAUUUUUCUUUUUAAGGCACAAGAGAAAGAUCUGCCACCAUAGUAAAGAGAGACGUGAACGCAGCUUGGCCCAGAGGUUCUACCUUCAGCUAGGUGGUUUCCUUCGGUCCCUUGCAGGUCAGUAAAUUUAAUAUUCCCUCAGGCCAUUUGGCUCCCAUAGGUUGGAAUGGUUUUGAGGCACAUCUUGAUGUCCUCUUCAGAGGAUGGGGUCUGGGUAGAUGCUACUCCCCAGGCUCCAGGUCUUGAUCCAGGGUGCCUACUGGAAGAGUGCACAUCCUGAUGCCGUGAAGAGCAGGGCCAGCAGACCAGGCCUCCUCCACAUGGGAAGCAAGCCCACCUAUCCUGGGUCCCACCUCCCGCUAGAUAGGCGACUGGCACGCUGAACCCUUGGGGCAGUGCUGUUUAACUGUGUUAGGAACACACUAGGCAUAAUGGCUUGUGUCAAAAAACAGCCACCUUUGGUCCUGGAGUAGGGCUAUUUCCAGCUCCCGUGUCCUGAAAUCCAGGCUUUGUCAGAGAAGGAGACCCCAGACAGUGUGUUCCAGCCUGAGAAAGAGUCUCACCACAGCGUACCAUCAGAGCAUCUAACCCCCACCAAGCACUUAUGACACAGUCAAUGUUGUUAAACAUUUUAUACAUAUUAGAAUUAAUUCUCUCCAAAGCCUCGGAAAAAGGCACUAUUAGUGUCUCCAUUUCACAGCUGGAAACUGAGGCACAGAGAGGUUAAGGAAUUUGGUUCAGGCUGUCUGUUCAGUUUGGAAGGCAGAGAGCUAGGACAGUGAAACCACUUUCAUUACACCCCGUAGUGUGCCCUGAUUCCCUACCAGUGGGACUUUACAGGUGCCAUGCAACCUGUGGGCUUUUGCUGGCCCAGGAUUAAUUUCAUUCCUACUCCUGGGUGGGGGCACUCAAGGAGUGGGUGGAGUUCAGGCUCUGACAUCAGAGCUCAUGGGUUCCAAUGCCCCCUCCACUAAGUAUGAGUCACACAAUGUCUAUCUGUUGAUAUCUUUAAGAUCAGUUCCUUAUCUAAAAAAUGACUAAGAAGGUACUUAGUGCUCUCCUUUAUCAGGUACUCAGCAUGUCUGACACAUGGCCAGUGCCUGAUAUAAAUCAAGUAUCGUUGGUAAUCCCCACUAUGUACCUGCCACUAAGCCAAAACCAAACCCAUUGCUGGCAAGUCAAUUCUGACUCAUAGUGACCUCACAGGACAGAGUUGAACUGCCCCAGAGUGUUUCCAAGGCUGUAAUCUUUACGGAGGCAGACUGCCACAUCUUUCUCCUGAGGAGCAGCUGGUAGGUUCUAACUGCCGGCCUUUCCGUCAGCAGCCAAGCGCUUAACCACUGUGCUACCUGCCACUAUCCCUUGCCAAAUAGUGCCCAGAACAAGAUCAAGCUGGUCUACCUACAGAUUUCUUCUAAGUCCCUCUCAUACAAAAGCAGUGAGUUAUGCUCUCCAUGAAAUUCCAGCCUGGGCAUGUCGGCUGGGCCUCGGCAGGAGUGUUGUGCCCCGGGUCUGUCCUGUAUAUGCCGUAUUAUGUGGCACACUCAGACUGCUCAGUGGUCCUCACAUAUGCCUUACACCGUCCCUUCUGCCCAGAAUACCUCCUUUCUGGGACUCUGAUUCUCCCUGGCAAAAAUCCUAUCCAUCCAUUAGGGAAAAUGGGAAGUAGGAGAAGGAAAUCAUAGACUACAGAUUGCAAUUAGAUAGUAGCACAAGAACCUUUCAACUUCACUGCAAUUGUCUUAGUCAUCUACUGCUGCUAUAACAGAAAUACCACAAGUGGAUGGUUUUAACAAAGAAAAAUUUAUUUCCUCACAAUCUAGUAGGCUAAAAGUCUAAAUUCAGGGCGUCAGCUCCAGGGGAAGGCUUUCUCUCUGUCAGCUCUGGAGGAAACUCCUUCUCAUCAAUCUUCCCUUGGUCUGGGAGCAUCUCAGCACAGGAACCUCAGGUCCAAAGGAUGUGCUCUGCUCCCAGGGCUGCUUUCUUGGUGGUAUGAGGUCCCUGUGUCUCUCUGCUUAUUUUCUCUUUUAUAUCUUUCAAAGAGAUGGGCUUAAGACACUAUCUAAUCUUGUAGAUCUCAUCAAUAUAACUGCUGCUAAUCCCUCUCAUUAACAUCACAGUGACAGGAUUUAUAACACACAGGAAAAUGACAUCAGAUGACAAAAUGGUGGACAAUCACACAAUACUGGGAAUCCUGCCCUAGCCAAAUUGAUACACAUAUUUUUGGGGGACACGAUUCAAUCCAUGACAGUGCCCAAUAUAUAUUUAUUGAUUUAUUGAGCAAGAAAAUGGCAUCCUCAAGAUCUAUCCACCUUCUACAUGGUCUAAAGAGGUGAGUCAAAUGAAGAUGAGAAUCAUACCCCCAAGCAUUUCAAGUCUUUGAUGAAGGCACUAAUCUCUGCGAUUUCCCCAAACCAAAAUCAAACCUACUCCCAUAGAGUCAAUGCCAAUUCAUAGGACAGAGUAGAACCUCGUAAGGUUUCCAAGGCUGUAAAUGUUUGAGGAAGCAGACUGCCACAUCCUUCUCCCCUGCAGCAGCUGGUGGGUUCCAGUCGCUGACCUUUGGAUUAACAGCCAAGCGCUUAGCCACUGUACCACUAGGGCUCCUGCCAUUUCCCCAGAGAAGCCCGACUCCAUUUGUUUUUACUAUCCUUGGAGGAGGAGAGGAAACCCUGGUGGCGUAGUGGUAAAGUGCUAUAGCUGCUACCAAAAGGUCCGUAGUUUGAAUCUGCCAGGCGCUCCUUGGAAACUCUAUGGGGCAGUUCUACUCUGUCCUAUAAAGUCACUAUGAGUCGGAAUUGACCCAAUGGGUUUGGGUUUUUUUUGGGUUUUUUUGGCGGGGGGAGGAGGAGAAAUUCCAAGAGCCUUUCUUAUCGGCAUGGGUAUGACAGAUUAAAAAUGGCUACAAAUUCUUUGGCUCUCCUUCCAUAAAGAGAUCAGGUAAACAUCCCCAGCAGCUACCUUAUCUGCUGUCUGCUGACACAGGACUGACACAUUCAGGAACCGGAAACAGGAGCAUUUGCCAGUGAAUUCUCUCCUCCCACAUUCCAGUUGCCUGUUGUUAAGUGUCCUUGAGUCGAUUCCAACUCACAGUGACCCUAACAUGACAGGGUAGAUAUAAUGGCCCAAUAAUGUUUCCUAGGCUGCAAUCUUCACGGGAGCAGAUCACCAGAUCUUUCUCCCGUGGAGCCACUGGUAGGUUCAAACCACCUACCUUCCAGCUAGCAGCCGAGUGCCUAACCAUUGCACCACCAGGGCUCCUAGUCCAGUCACCUAGCACUUCGCAUUUACUGAACCUAAGAGGAAGGCAGCUGAUAAGGGAAGCUGGCAAAUGAGGUUUGCAGAGUUCUACCCAUCACAGAGCAGAGUAUGAAAGAGUGGGCUUGGUGUCAAGAGACAGGAGGUAGCCAACCAGCACAUUCCUGAAUCAAAACAUACCUAGGUAAAAAGAAGCUGUAUUCCUCAAGAGAGGGAAAAUACAGAUUAUGAAUGAUAAUUCAAUUGUAACAUGAGGAACUUUCUUCAACUUUGCUGCAAUUGACCAUGUAACAGGGUGCAACAUAUACAUGUUGGUAAUUAAACAAGAAAUCAGCAAUCUGGGCAAUUUCUUUGGCCAUGGGCAUGUUAUUUUUGUUUUUGUUAUUGUUAGUUUCUAUUGAGUCGAAAGCACUUACUGAUGAAGAUCAAAGACCACAGCCUUCAGUAUGGAUUACAUCUCAACAUAAAGAAACCAAAAAUCCUUACAACUGGACCAAUUAGCAACAUCAUGAUAAAUGGAGAAAAGAUUGAAGUUGUCAAGGAUUUUAUUUUAUAAUCAACACCCAUGGAAGCAGCAGUCAAGAAAUCAAAAGACACAUUGCAUUGAGCAAAUCUGCUGCAAAGGACCUCUUUAAAAUGUUGAAAGCAAAGAUGUCAUCUUGAAGACUAAGGUGUGCCUGACCCAAGCCAUGGUAUUUUCAAUCGCCUCAUACACAUGUGAAAGCUGGACAAUUAAUAAGGAAGACUGAAGAAGAACUGACGCCUUUGAAUUGUGGUGUUGGUUAAGAACAUUGCAUAUACCAUGGACUGCCAAAAGAACUAACAAAUCUGUCUUGGAAGAAGUACAACCCGAAUGCUCCUUAGAAGCAAGGAUGGCGAGACUGUGUCUUACAUACUUUGGACGUAUUAUCAGGAGAGAUCAGUCCCUGGAGAUGGACAUCAUGCUUGGUAAAAUGGAGGGUGAGUGGAGAAGAGGAAGACCCUCAAUGAGAUGGAACGACACAGUGGCUACAACGAUGGGCUCAAGUAAAACAACGAUUGUGAGGAUGGCACCAGGACCAAGCAGUGUUUCAUUCUGUGGUACAUAGGGUCACUAUGAGUCGGAACCAACUCGACGGCACCUAACAACAACAACAACACUGAGUCGAUUCCGGCUCAUGGUGACCCAUAAGACAAAAUAAACAUAUUCUUAAAUGCAUUUUGUAAAAUAAGUUGUAUCGGUUAGAAUCCUCUUGGUUGCAAGUGAAAAAAAAAGGAAAACCUAAUGCAAAAUCCCUUAAAUAAAAAAGAGAGAGAGAGAAGGUAUUGGCUGACAUAACUGAACAGCUUCUACGGUGCAGUUGGGUAUGGGGUCAGGAUCCAGUUUCUCAAUUCCAUCUCUCCACCCUGCUUUCUUGUUGUUGAUUCCAUACAGAGGCUCUCCCUCAUGAUCACAAGAUAGCUGCCAGUAGUUACUAAACCUUCCAAGUUCAAAUCCACAAGAAAAAUAUAUAUAUAUAUAUAUAUAUUUUUUUUUUCCUAGCAUUCUCAGCAAAACCUUAAGAUUUACUCUGGACAGGCUUGUGUCAUUUGUUCCAACCUGAGCCAGUCACUGGAAGAAAGGCCAUGUGAGUGAUAUUUUAGGCCUGGAGUUCCACCCAAACGACCAGUUGCCAUUAAGUCGGCUCCAACUCAUGGCGACCCCACGCGUAUCAGAGUAGAAUGUGCUCCGUAGGGUUUUGAAUGGCUGUAAUCUUCACGGAAGCAAAUCUCCAUACCUUUUUUCCACAGCACUGCUGGGUGGCUUCAAACCACUAACCUUUUGAUUAAUAAAAAAAAAAAAAAAAAAAAUUUUUAUUUAGCCAAGUGUAAACCAUUCAUGCCACCCAGGGCACUUCUCACCGUGUCCUGAGUCUAUGGUUACAAGAAAUCUGACCAUAAUUUGGCUUCUCAUGUAGGCAUUUCUUUAGGAAUGGAAUGUUUUGAAGCGACUCCUGAUCUGCAGAGCAGUAGCAGUUCUUGUUACAGAACAGUUUCUUAUGAGUGUGGUCAGCACGAUCCUGUCAUCUAGUCUAAUUCUGGGUGUACCGACGAACACAUUUUCUGAUAAAAUCCCUUUACGAUAAGGCCUUGGUGGUGCCACCAGGACAUGGUUAUGCUGUAAGGAUCUUCUGGUGGCCGUCUGCUGCCCUCCAUCACCUAUCUUGUCUAUGACUGUGUUCCUCAACAGCCAAGCUUCUCUUAGGAGAAGUAAACAGAAACAGAACAUGUUUUUCACUCAGUUUUGUCCUAUAAAAAUAGAAUUCUGUGUUAAGACAGCUGCAUGAAGAACAGAGGAAGCGACAAAUGUCUGGGACCUUGAGUUGCAGAGGUUGAAGAGGAAUAUGAUCAAGCAACUUCCUGGCGUCUCAGUUCCCCCUUGUUUAAAAACAAAAACAGAACCGAAAUGCUAGACUCUAGAUAAACUUUAUACCAAAGCCAAACUUAGGUAGGCCUUUUCAACUCUGACAUUGGCAAAAAACCUUUGAAAUUGUAACAAAUAACGCUCCAGAAUAUGUCAUUAAAUUGUUAGACUCAUAAAUUGUUCGUGGUCACGUAAAUCAGCCCAAUCCUUUCAGAAGGCAAUUUGUCAAUAGAUCAAAACAAAAAAACCCCAACCCACUGCCAUUGAGUUGAUUCCGAUUCAGAGCGACCCUAUAGGGCAGAGUAGAACUGCCCCCAUAGGGUUUCCAAGGCCAUAAAUCUUUACAGAAGCUGACUGCCACAUCUUUCUCCUGCAGAGUGGCUGGUGGGUUUGAACCGGCAACUUUUAAGUUAGCAGCCGAGCUCUUUAACCAUGGCACCACCAGGGCUACUUAAGUGCUUAACCAUUUGUACCACCCAGGGACUCUUCUUCUAUGUCACAGAAGGCAAAUAUUUAAAAUAUUAUUUUACAAAAAUACUAUAACUACAUUACAAAAUAUUUUGUAAAAUAGAGGGAAGGGAGAAAAUGACACACAAUCCCAGCACUUUAACAGAAGCUUUAUUAACAUUUUAGUAUACUUUUUCUGAGUCUUUUAUCCCAUUUUCACUUUUUAUUAAACUUAGGAGGAAUCACAGCAAGAUGAGUUUUCUGCUUUGUUUCUUACAUUCAAUGUUUUGGCAAAAGCUUUUUUAUUACAUAUUUAUGUUUCCAGCUAUAACUAUAGCUUUUUUGAUCUGUCUGUAGAUCAAACCCCCAAAACCACAGAUAUUGAUCAGAGGCCAAAAAACUAUGUCAUGCCAUUUAUUCAAGAAAUUAUACUUUUGGGAAACUAACCUAAGGAAAUAAUCCAAAAAUACUGAAAAAGCUGUAGACAUGCAGAUGUUUACUGGAAAUAUAAAUAUGUAAUCUAAGUUUUUUUUGGGGGGGGAUUUGAUCUAAAAACAGAUAGAUCAGAGGCCGUAAAAUAUUUCAUACCAUUGACUCAAUAAGUUCUACUUCUGGGAAUCUAGCCUAAGGAAAAAAAUCCAAAAAUACUGAAAAAGCUAUAGACAUAUAGACACCUACUGGAAUUAUAAAUAUGUAAUAACAAAGCUUUGCCAAAAUAUUGAAUGUAAAAACAAGGCACAAAACUCUGUAUUUGCUAUGAUUACUCCUGAGUUUAAAAAAAAAAAAAAUGAGAAUGGGACAAAAGAUUGGGAAGAAGUAUACUAAAAUGUUAACACCAAACCUGUUGCCGUCGAGUCGAUUCUGACUCAUAGCAACCCUACAGGACAGAGUAGGACUGCCCCACAGAGUUUCCAAGGAGCACCUGGUGGAUUCGAACCACCGAUCUUUCGUUUAGCAGCCAUAGCACUUAACCACUAUGCCACCAGCUUUUCCAAAAUGUUAACAGGGUUCUGUUAAAGUGGUGGGAUUGUAUGUCAUCUUCUCCCUUUUCUCUAAUUUACAAACUAUUUUGUAAUGUCUUUAUAGUAUUUUGUAAAAUAUUUUAAAUAUUUGCCCUCUGUGACAUGGAAAUGGAGUCCCUGGGUGGUACAAAUGGUUAAGCACUCAACUGACUGAUGGUUUGGUGGUUCAAACCCACCCAGGGGCACCUAGGAAGAAAGGCCUGGCAAUCGGUUUCCAAAAGGUCGCAGUCUUGAAAACCCUAUGGAGCAGUUCUACUUUGCACACAUGGGUCACCAGGAGUUGGAAUCGACUCAGCGGCGAUUGGCUUGGUUUGGUUUUUCGUGACGUGGAAACCAGAGCUCUGUAAAGCUUAAUGAUCGCUGAAGCACUGGUGGUAUUCAGAAACAGCAACGGUACUCUUGGCAAUAUAAAUGUCACUACAAAUAUGAAUAUCUCUCAUUUCUUUUAAAAAUUUCAGGGGUUACAUCCUCAGAGUCCUUUUUUAAAACUUUAGGAAGAAAUUCUGAAAGCUCAUUUCUCUUCCUUUUUUCUCCCCCACCCCCACUCCCUUGCUUUUUCAACUGUAAAACCAGGACGGUUUCAACAGCGACUAUCUCUGGGUGAUAAGGUCAUGGGCAAUUUUCAUUUUCUUUAUAUUUUUCCUGUUUUGAAUUUUUUUAAAUACAUGUAUACCAUUUCUAACAACAUAUAAGCCAUAAAAGAUUUUAAAGACAAGAUUUUGAAAAUUUAGAACUUCGGUGUCUGCCUUUUGAAAAUCAAAAGGUCUCACAAAUGCUAAAUAUAUAAUGGUAUUUGGGGCCAUGUUUGUAAAAAAAAAAAAAAA